AUGUGGGCUUACCUCUUUGUUAUGUUCUUCAUCAUCGCAGCACUUAUAGGGUUCAUCAUCUUUGCCUAUGCUGUUACCGAUAAAGGGUCGGGCCGUCGAGUCCCGAAUCGUGCUUAUUCUGACUAUUAUCUGCAGGACUAUUCAGGGUGGUUGAAGGAACGAGUAGCUAGUGAUAGCUACUGGCGCAAGAUUGGCUCUUGUAUACGAGAUUCUAAGGUUUGCGGUAAGAUGGGAAGGACUAUUAAUGGUGUCCCUGAGACUGUAGAUAUGUUCUAUAACAGGAAGCUUAGUCCUAUUGAGUCUGGUUGUUGCAAGCCCCCUACAGAAUGUGGUUUCACUUAUCAGAACGAGACGGUAUGGACACCAUCUGGAGGGGUUGUUUACAACACUGACUGUAACAGCUGGAACUCAGAUCAAGAGCAAUUGUGCUAUUCUUGCAAUUCUUGUAAAGCUGGCGUACUAGCCAGUCUCAGGAAGAGUUGGAGGAAGGUUUCGGUCAUUAACAUCAUCAUAUUAAUCAUUCUAGUGAUCGUUUAUGUGAUUGGUUGUGCAGCCUUCAGGAACAAUCGGCGGAUUGAUAAUGAUGAACCCUAUGGUGAAGCAAGGAUGACUAAGUCUCAACCUAGCAGAAUCCAGCUUUAA